UCACAAUCCACCUGAACCCGAACAGGAGCUGCCCGUGAAUACUGCAGUAGGCUGUCUUUUGUUUUGCUGCCAUACAAAUCCAAAGUACUUCCUCCCUACGCUACCUACACUACCUAGGAUAGGUACCCAAGAUUUUUACGCGACUACGUUUUGGGCCCCCAAAGCCGCAAGUUCAAGCCCACUUCACUUGCACCGUCGCCAUCCAACUUCCCCUGGACCCCUGCCACCCUGUCCGGCCGACCAAGUGUGCGCGCCUCCCACCACGCGAGCGAGCCAAGCCAAGCCAAUAUUGCUGCCAGCUUCCCCCCAAAAUCGACCAUCCAUCCCGUCCCAUCUUCGCCCGCGCUCGUCCACUCGUUGCUCCUUCUUAACCUCGUCCUCCCCCCCAGCCAGAGCCAGGGAUCGUCGCCGCCUUCCAAGAGCCUCACCUUGCCUCGUCUUGCCCCUUCGCCAGACCAGAUCCGACAGAGCUGAUCGUCUCGACGACUCGACCACGGCGGGCAACUUCUAAACCUACUGGCGACCGACAGAAACUGCAAGCUUGGAAGCAACUGGACCUCGUUCGACUCGACCUCGACCGCCCCGAAUUACCCCAAUUGUGGACGCGACCAAUCUCUCAAAGUCUUCUCGUCGACUGCAGCAUCGUCGACUCGUCAACUUUUCGGCCAUUUGGACCGAUUCCAUUCGUUUAACCGCCCAUCCUCACCGUCACCUUCAUUGGUAGUCGAAUCUGCAGCACCACAGCCCCGACCGCAAAAGUGUUCCACCCGUGCAGCCAGUGGAGUGGUGAUCUUGUUUUUCCUUGGUGCUAUAUAAUAUAUCCACCAUCGCGUGCGUGAUCUGGUCGAUCACCGGCUAGAGACAUUCAGCGCCGAUCCAACGUGGGGUUCUCUCGGCAAACACCAGCAAUAAUUGCCUUUUCCUACCCCAUCAAAACUCCGUCGUCGAGGACCGUUCUUCUCGACUCGCCAGAACCGCUGCAAGAGGAACUAGAUCAUGUUUGGUCUUGCCAACCUGCGUGUCGCAGUAUUCCCAUGAUGGCCAUCACGUCGUUGUCAUCCAUGACCCGGCCACGGUCACUAUGGCUUCUCCUGUGCCUCACCAUUGCCUCGGUGGUGUUGGCCGGCUCCGAACCCGUGCUCGAGGUUCUUCCCGCUCAGAUCACUGCCCCCGCAGUGCUUCCUCCCAUGGACGCCCUCGUCAUUGACGACCGCACGCCUACGAUGAUCAAGGGUCGGUGGACCAUGGUUCCGCCCGGGUACGACGAACUGAAGAAGCGGGACGACGAGGGCAUCACGUUGACGCCCAGCACAGCCGACAAGGCGUCAGCUACUGCCGCAUCGACUACGCUGACCGUUUCCGUCACGGUGCCUGCUGCGACUGUGGACUCUGCCUCGCCCCUGCCGUCGCCUUUCGACACCAGUCUCGCCUUCAACUUUACCAGCAACGAUGGCGCGUCCUGUCCUCGCUUCAUCAACUCGCUCCUUACCAACCAGAACUUUAAAAAGUGCUACCCGUUGUCAUUGCUGCUCCAGGGCUCGAGAUCCUUCUUUGAGGCUGAAAAGAAGCUUCUGAGUAUUGUGAGGGUGCUCGACGCCACCUGCGGCGCUGACGUCGAGUACUGUACAGAGUUCCUUACCGGUGUGGCCGGUAACCUAACGUUGGACGCCAACUGUGGCUCCGACUACCAGGCCGGUAACCCAAUCGUCAUGCAGGCCUAUCUCGGCUUGAAAUCGUACGAGAUGCUGUACAAGGCUACCUGCCUUACCGACCCCGACACGUCCAUGUACUGCUUCGCCAAUGCCGUCACCAACCUCACCACGCCGUCCAACGUCUACUUUUACUACCUCCCACUCAACAUGACUCUGCCCGCCAGUGCAAACCCCACCUGCGGCACGUGUCUCCGACAGACCAUGGAGAUUUACCAGACCUUCACCACCAACCGCAAACUCGCGAUCUCGUCAACCUACGAGGACGCCGCGUCGCAGGUCAAUACCAUAUGUGGACCAGAGUAUGUCAACGACACGCUUCUGGCCGCAGUCAGCACGGCAGGACUGUCGGUGCCCUCCUGGGCUCUGGCGGCGACGACCAUGACCCUGGCUCUGCUUUACAACAUGUUGUAAGGCGGGAGACUGCACUGAUCGUAACGAGUCAUGUUUUGAGUUAUUUGAUUUUCAGCAAGCGCCAUGAUACCCUCGACAUUCUCUCGUAUUUAUUUCUACUUCUAAUGCCGCACCCGGCAUCCGACCUCAUCGGUCUUCACAUUACACUUAGUAUUUAGUCUUAGUUCUAUUCACGGCCGGAAUUUGGGCAAAAGAAAAAAAGAGCCGGGUCCCAAGGGACGGCAUCGGAUGGCGGUUUCGUGAUUAUUGGCAGCAGCCGGAAUUUGGGCAUGGCGCAUCCGCUGACUUGGCGGCAUACAUUGUCAUAUACGAUGGCAACCACUGGCAUCUGACGAGGUGCUCUAUAUACUGUAAUCUUCGCAUGGUGCGACUGUUGAUACUCUUCUCGUAGAUACUUUUUAGUGGUGGUUUCACGUUGGUGCAGAGAUGGAUACGACGACCUGUCAUGGUCACGACAAUACAAUAUGUAGUCAACACUCGACUCAUCUGCUCAGUGAUACCGUACGAGACCACACACAGAUCGGAAGCCAUUUAUAGUUUCUCCUGCCUGUGAACCCUUUCCUCCUGCUCCCUCAGCCUCUUCUGGACAACCUUCCACGGGUGAACCCCAUCCGCGUACCCGACAAACGGGGCCCCGGGCUCGUACCCGAGCAAGUCCACCAGCCGCCUCGGCAUCCCGGCCAGCUUGUCCCACUCGACGGCGAGAAUCUGGUUCUCGAGGGGCCGCAUCCAGGGCUGGCAGUACUGGAUCGUCAGCGCCCUCCGGGGGUCGGGCGAGGUGUUUUCCCCGCCGCCGUGCCAGAGGGUGCCGAGGAAGAAGACGGCGCUGCCCUUGUCCAUGACGACGGGGAUGGCGUCUUUGCGCUGGGGGAGUUGGGCGGCGUCGGUGUCGGGGCCCCAGGUGUGGGAGCCU